AUGGCUGCUAUGAAAAAUAGUAUAAUACCAAUCACGGAUAUUCCACAAGAGAUUAAAUCUCUUCCAGAAGAAUACCAGAGCCGCAUUAUAUCACUGCAGAAUCUACUUAAAGGCUACGUCACAUCCUUCAGCGAGUAUCAAGAGGUAGAAAAGGUGGUUGCUUGCGAUCUAGAAGGCUUGAUAUCGACUCUCAACGAUAUCAUUGGCAUGAUUAGCUCCUAUAAAAUUGUCUUUCAAGAUAUCAAAAGGAGGUUGUUAUUAAUGAAUGAUCUCUAUAAAGAAUUUAUCAGUCUUGAGACUUACCAGUAUCAACUUCUUAGCUCUAGCUUCCAUCAGAGCUACCUCAGAUUGAAAUUCAAAGAGUCUUUGGAUGAAUUGCAGGCGCUGACUAUGCUGACAUGUCGCCAGGGAGCUCUGAUACCUACAAACAAAGUCAACAGCUUUCUCGAUGAGUUCACUACUUCACGAAGAAAGUAUCACUUGAAGCAAGAGAAAUAUAAUAGAUGGACGGAGGAAAGGGUGUCCGGCUUUGUAUAG